AUGAUAUAAUUAAACUGAACAAGAAAGAAGAGAGAAAACAAUAUUCUCCCAAAAUUAAAAGAGGGCUUCAGCAGAAUCGAACUCGGCAGUUCAGGACACCAGGCUCCAAGUGGGGAAUCCAACAGCAGAAAGGUUAUGGUAAAAAUCGUUUGGGACGCAGAAAGAAGAUAGCGGGGAAGAAGCGUUCCUACGGAGUUGUAACUGGCUUGGCAGCCAAGAAGGCAGUGGGUGCACGCAAAGGAACUAGUUCUCUGAACAGACAGCCACUUAGCGAGAAGAACGCACAGCGGAAUUAUCCAGUUUUGAAAAAGAAAACAAACUUGCAGAGGCAAUCUGAAAUGCAGAGAAAACAAGCUCCAGCCCUCAGGAGACCUGCCCCUCUGAACAGAAGGAAUAACGUGCCGUCUGCUUUUGCCAGAAUUGGAAACAAACUAAAUCAACAGAAAGACACUCGUCAAGCAACUUUCCUGUUUAGAAGAGGCCUGAAGGUGCAGGCCCAAGUGCAGUCAACAGAUGAUCUUGAUAAUCAGACAGUAAAGAGAACUCGUCAAUGGCGAACUUCCACCACCAGUGGAGGGAUUCUGACUGUGUCCAUUGAUAACCCAGGAGCAAUCAUAACCCCAAUUUCCCAGAAAUUACGAUUAACUCGUAUGCCUGUGCCACCAUUUCUGAUGAAGAGGGACCAAUCUGAAGAGAAGAAGAUUCCCAAAGGAGUUCCAUUGCAGUUUGAUAUUAAUAGUGUUGGAAAACAGACGGGGAUGACAUUGAACGAACGCUUUGGGAUCCUGAAGGAGCAAAGAACAGCACUGUCUCAGAACAAAGGAAGCCGGUUUGUAACAGUGGGCUAACCUGACAGAUGGACUCAAGCACUGA